AUCCGACCGGCAGCGUUGAAUGGGGAAAAUGGCGGAGGAACUACACUUAACGCGAGCCCAGUCGCCUCGCUUAUCGCCGAUUCAAGACCCCGACUCGGCGAAAAACUUGUGGUACGCCGUCGUGGGAAGGGCUACGAUAACCGCCCUAGCGUAUCCCAUAGAGUACGUCAAGUUCCUGGUGCAGAUUGGCCAUGAACCAUUGCCGCCCAAGCCCACAAGGCGCCUCUUUGGAAAGCCUGCCUUGGCACUACCAGGAGCUAUUGAAUACAUGAAGUACAUCAAGAAAGUGGACGGCUACUCUGGACUGUACCGUGGUCUGAGUGUCCGGUUGUGCGCAAAUGUGGUCAGCGGUGCCGUGUUCGCCGAGGUGAACCGGAGGCUACCCGAAGUGCAGUCGUUCGAGGACGAGGAAGAUGACGACACCGUGACCGAGGAGCAGCGCAUUGUCAACUUCGUCAAGCGCACGUUGAAAGUCAUGACCGCCAAGUGUGCCGCUAUCUUCGUCUCCCAACCUUUCAACGUGGUGUGCUGUCGAUAUAUGGCCCAGUUUGUGGGGAGAGAAGAGAAAUACGUGGGAAUCCUGACUUCCGUUGUUGACAUAUACAGGGAGGAAGGAAUCCUGGGCCUUUUUAGUGGGCUUGUACCUAGGUUGAUUGGCGAGGUCAUGACUAUAUGGUUCGCCAACACGAUAUCCUUUGUCAUCAAUGCCUACGUCGUGCAGGACAAGACGUUACAAAGUUACGUCAGUGCAACGACAAUGUUCCUGUCAAGCUCUGUCACGUACCCGUUUUACCUUGUCGGAACAGUGAUGGCCGUUUCUGGAAGCAGCCUCGAAGCAGGCAAGCCCCCGAACAUGCCUAUCUACCCGAGCUGGACAGAAUGCUGGCAGCAUCUUAGCAGACUGGGCCAGCUGAAGCGGGGUUCGGCCAUCAUCUGGAGGUACUACCAGGGACCUUACAUCGUUGAUGAAAACGGGGUGCCGCGGCCAGUGAGCUCACCAAAGCUGUUGGCGUCCCGCUGACGAGCAUCAAACAAGAAGCCUUUACUUUUGGUUGUGGCUGCAGGUUUUACUGAGAAGCUUACCAUGGCAGGCUAGAAAAGUGGAUUGUCGACUGCCAGCAGUCUAGAGGCUUGUUUUGCAAUACAAGACUUGCAAAAAAAAAAAGGAGGACACCCGCAAGAUUUAGACAUGCAGUGCCAGUCCUGUUGUCGUCUAGUCUCGGCAGAGGAGCCGAGCACCUACUUGUUCUGUUACCAAUUAAACAUUCACCUGUUUC